CUCGGAGCCCGAGUCCGCGGGAAGAUGGCGGCGCCGCUCAUCCCCCUCUCCCAGCAGAUUCCCACUGGAAAUCCAUUAUAUGAAUCUUAUUACAAGCAGGUCGAUCCCGCAUACACAGGGAGAGUUGGGGCGAGUGAAGCCGCUCUUUUUCUAAAGAAGUCUGGGCUCUCCGACGUUAUCCUUGGAAAGAUAUGGGACUUGGCUGACCCAGAAGGUAAAGGGUUCUUGGACAAACAGGGUUUCUACGUUGCACUGAGACUGGUGGCCUGUGCCCAGAGUGGCCACGAUGUUACCUUGAGCAGUCUGAAUCUGAACAUGCCGCCACCAAAAUUCCACGACACCAGCAGCCCUCUGAUGGUCACGCCGCCCUCUGCAGAGGCCCACUGGGCUGUGAGGGUGGAAGAAAAGGCAAAAUUUGAUGGGAUUUUUGAAAGCCUCUUACCCAUCAAUGGUUUGCUAUCUGGAGACAAAGUCAAGCCGGUCCUCAUGAACUCAAAGCUACCUCUUGAUGUCCUGGGCAGGGUCUGGGACCUCAGUGACAUCGACAAGGACGGGCACCUGGACCGGGAUGAGUUCGCUGUGGCUAUGCACUUGGUGUACCGAGCCCUCGAGAAGGAGCCUGUGCCCUCCAUCCUGCCCCCGUCCCUCAUCCCGCCCUCCAAGAGAAAGAAGACUGUGUUCCCUGGUGCUGUGCCUGUCCUGCCUGCCAGCCCUCCACCAAAGGACAGCCUCCGCUCCACGCCGUCCCAUGGCAGCGUCAGCAGCCUCAACAGCACGGGCAGCUUAUCCCCCAAGCACAGCAUCAAGCAAACACAGCCAAUCGUAAACUGGGUGGUGCCUGUGGCAGACAAGAUGCGAUUUGACGAGAUAUUCCUGAAGACUGACCUGGACCUGGAUGGCUACGUGAGUGGCCAGGAGGUGAAGGAGAUCUUCAUGCACUCAGGCCUCACCCAGAACCUUCUAGCACACAUCUGGGCCCUGGCCGAUACGAGGCAAACGGGGAAGUUAAGCAAAGACCAAUUCGCGUUAGCUAUGUAUUUCAUUCAGCAGAAGGUCAGUAAAGGCAUCGACCCCCCUCAAGGCCUCUCACCGGACAUGGUCCCGCCCUCAGAGAGAGGCACUCCCGUCCCGGACAGUUCAAGUUCUCUUGGCUCGGGGGAAUUCACGGGUGUGAAAGAGCUUGAUGAUAUCAGCCAAGAGAUUGCUCAAUUACAAAGAGAGAAAUUCUCACUGGAACAAGACAUUAGGGAAAAGGAAGAGGCAAUCAGACAGAAAACCAAUGAAGUACAGGAAUUACAAAAUGAUCUAGACCGGGAAACGAACAGUUUGCAAGAGCUGGAAGCUCAGAAACAAGAUGCUCAAGACCGCCUAGAUGAAAUGGACCAGCAGAAGGCCAAGCUCCGGGACAUGCUGAGUGACGUCCGGCAGAAAUGCCAGGAUGAGACCCAGAUGAUCUCGUCAUUGAAAACACAAAUCCAGUCUCAGGAAUCUGACUUAAAGUCCCAGGAGGAUGAUCUGAACCGGGCCAAGUCAGAGCUGAAUCGAUUGCAGCAGGAAGAGACCCAGCUGGAGCAGAGCAUUCAGGCGGGCAGAGUGCAGCUGGAGACCAUCAUCAGGUCUCUGAAAUCAACACAAGACGAGAUCAAUCAGGCAAGAAGCAAGCUCUCCCAGCUGCACGAGAGCCACCAGGAGGCCCACAGGAGCCUGGAGCAAUAUGACCAGGUGCUUGACGGGGCCCACGGCGCCAGCCUGCCUGACCUGGCCCACCUCAGCGAAGGUGUCUCCCUGGCGGAGAGGGGCGGCUUUGGAGCCAUGGACGACCCUUUCAAAAACAAAGCCUUGUUAUUCAGCAACAACACACAAGAACUGCACCCGGAUCCUUUCCAGGUGGAAGACCCCUUCAAAUCCGACCCCUUCAAAGGAGCUGACCCCUUCAAAGGUGACCCAUUCCAGAACGACCCCUUUGCAGAGCAACAGACAGCUUCGACAGAUCCAUUUGGAGGGGAUCCUUUUAAAGAAAGUGACCCGUUCCAUGGCUCUGCCACUGAUGACUUCUUCAAGAAACAGUCAAAGAAUGACCCGUUUACCUCAGACCCGUUCACGAAAAACCCAUCCUUACCUUCAAAGCUCGACCCCUUUGAAUCCAGUGAUCCCUUUUCAUCCUCCAGUGUUUCCUCGAAAGGAUCAGAUCCGUUUGGAACCUUAGACCCCUUCGGAAGUGGGUCCUUCAAUAGUGCUGAGGGCUUUGCUGACUUCAGCCAGAUGUCUAAGCCCCCAACUUCUGGCCCUUUCACCUCCUUGGGAGGGGCAGCAUUCUCAGAUGACCCCUUUAAAAGUAAACAGGACACUCCUGCUCUGCCUCCGAAGAAGCCUGCUCCUCCACGGCCUAAACCGCCCAGUGGUAAAAGUACACCUGUAAGCCAGCUUGGUUCUGCAGACUUUCCCGAGCCCCCUGAUCCAUUCCAGCCACUUGGGGCUGACAACGGCGACCCAUUCCAAAAUAAAAAGGGGUUUGGGGACCCGUUUAGUGGAAAAGAUCCAUUUGUCCCCUCCUCUUCAGCUAAACCUUCUAAGGCCUCUUCCUCGGGCUUUGCAGACUUCACCUCUUUUGGCAAUGAGGAGCAGCAGCUGGCAUGGGCCAAGCGGGAAAGCGAGAAGGCGGAGCAGGAGAGGCUGGCACGGCUGCGGCGGCAGGAGCAGGAGGACCUGGAGCUGGCCAUCGCUCUCAGCAAGGCUGACAUGCCGGCCGCCUAGGCACAGGCCCUGUGCAGGCGACAGGGCACAAGGGUUGGCCAGAGGAGAAAGUGCACACGUCUCUCUCUCCAUCCACACACACAUACACUCAGAGCAUCCCCAGCUCACCAACGUGACAUGCCACAGCCACCGCAGGUCAAGGGCUAAGGCUUUGGGGGGCUUGUUCAGGGUAAGCAGAUGCAGCUCACCCCUGUGGGCAAGAAACAUGGGUGGAAAGGCCUGGAAAGGCCACACUUCUCCUGGGGGAGCCCCUCGCAUGGGCAUCUGCCACCGUAGGUCCAUCUCUGCUGUGCCAUCCCCUGUGGGGUGACCUUGUCCAGCUGUUCCUUCUAGAAUGCACACAGGACAGAUGGACAGCUGAGGAGAGGAAGCGCCCGGAGCCUCCUUGCCUUGUCCCCUCUCAAAGCUGCAGAUGAGCCCCACCUACCACCCAGGGCGCACUACCCCCAGCCCCUACCUACAUCACUGAGACCCACUCCCCCAUGAUGUAUGCAUUCGUUGUAUAAAAAUGAAGUUUGAAUGAUUAAUAUAAAAUAUUUUAAUACAAAA